AUGAAGUUGCCAUUCGGGCGUCAGCCCACCAUGCAGCCAAUUCCAGGUGAUCGAGUGGUGCCACUCCAUUUCUUUGAGGAUAGUUUGCUCGUUCAGGGUAACAACAUGGCCGUAUCGCUCGUGUUUGAUGCGGUGCUUGAUCCUAAAAUAUUGCGCGAGUCCCUUGAGGGCCUGGUUCAGCAAGAGGGAUGGCAAAGGCUUGGAGGAAGACUGAGGAAAAAUGCCUCUGGUAAGAUUGAAUGGCACAUUCCAGCCCAGUUCUCGGCCGACAGACCAGCGAUCUCCUUCGCACAUGUCGAUCAUGGCAUGCCUGCUGCUUCACACCCGGCGGCCUCCCGGAUACCGAAGCCACAAGAUCGACCCUGCAUUGUCGGCGACCCGGAUGAUUUGGAAGGCCUGGCGUGGGAGCCUGGGUACAAGCCCAACGGCAUAAAUGACUACCUCACCUCGGAUCUUCCUGUCUUAGGCCUGCGCGUCAACUCUUUCACCGACAAGACCGUUGUAGUGCUGCAGUGGCAGCAUGUUGCGUUUGACGCGUUGGGCAUGCAGUACGUCGUCGAGGGCUGGAGUUCCAUGCUUUGGGGGAAAACAGCCGAAGUAUUGAUUCCAUGUGGCCUUGAUUCGGAUCCAUUCCACUUUCUUUCUCAGGAGUCGCAUUCCGCGACGGAGGAACAUGUGCUGACUGACAGGAAGGUCGGGUGGGGAGGUUUACUGCGGUGGGGUCUCGGUUAUGGAGUCGAUAUGCUGGUGCGAGCCAAGGAGAACCGCAUGGUCUGCGUUCCAGAGACGUAUUGGCGGCCGCAAUGGGAGAAGGCUGUAGAAGAGCUCCGUACUGAGGCCAUUGCCAAUGGCGAAGAUCCCUCAAAGGUGUUCCUGACCGAGAAUGACGUUCUGACUGCCUGGAUCUUACGCUGUGUGGUUGGCGCGAUAGAGAUAGGCCCCGAGACAACGGUAGCUGCAUCAAUCGCCAUGUCGCUCCGUAAAUCUUUUGAAGGCGAGCUGCUACCGGCCUCCACUGAGCAUCCCUACGUUGGAAACGCUUUUGGCUGGGCCAACGUACUUGUUACCGCCGGCGACAUAAUUUCUAAGCCGCUUAGUUGGCUCGCACGGCAGGUCAGGCACGCCAUUAACGAACAGGGUACGCGUGCUCAACACGAAGCGUACUACGCUAUGGUUCGUACGUCUGGAACCGGCCUGCCUAUUAUUGUAUUUGGGGAUGGUGGAAUGGCUCAAGUCGGCUUUUCCAAUUGGUCGAAAGCUGGCUUGUUUGAUUUGGACUUUUCCCCGGCUCGUCAGGGGUCCAGCACCGACAGCCUGCCGUGCAGGCCAUCAUAUGUCCAGGAGAAUCAUGGCCCUGUGAAGCCUGCGGAUGGUUUCUUUAUCCUCGGAAAAGAUGAGAAAGGCAAUUACUGGACCUCCGCAUGUAAGGUGAAGGGCCAGUGGGCGAAGUUUGAGGAACAGUUGAAAGAAUUUGACAUAAUUGAUUUAGAGCCACCAAAACAGAAUUAG